AUGGUGUUUACCCCACCGGCUUGGGUGCCUCAAUUACCCUUUGACCCCCCGGACUCAAUUCCGAUUCAUGAGUUCUGGAGCAGUGAGAAGUAUGGGAGGCAACCGCUCGCGAGGUCGUUGAACCCCUACACCUGCGGGAUUACGGGGAAGACGUAUACGGCUGCUGAGAUGACCGAGCGCUACGAGCUCCUGGCGCGAUCACUAGCAAAGCGUAUGGGCUGGAGGCCGAACGAAGAGACGCCCUGGGAUAAGGUGGUUAGCGUCUUCUCUUUUAAUUCGAUUGACUAUAUGAUGUCUAACUUCGCGGUACACCGCCUCUCGGGUAUUGUGACGCCAGCAAAUGCCAUGUAUUCACCAGCUGAGCUUGAACAUCAGCUCAAGUCAGCUGGUGUCAAAGCUCUGAUCACGUGUAUCCCACUCCUAGAUACAGCAUUGAAGGCGACGAGAGCAUGUGGCAUUCCAGACGACAAAGUGUUCAUUAUGCAAAUACCUGGGGAAUCCAAACCUGUUCCUUUCAAGAGUCUCGAUGACCUCAUCGAUGAAGGUCGGUCUUUGGCGGAAGUCGAGCCGUUGGUCUGGGCGAAGGGGCAAGGCGCUCGACAAGUUGCGUACCUGUGCUAUUCGAGCGGCACUUCAGGUCUCCCCAAAGCCGUGAUGAUCGCACACCGAAAUGUCAUUGCGAAUAUGAUGCAGAUCCGAUGGCAUGAUGAUCCAGGCAGAAAGGCCAAAGGCAUCGAAACCCAAGUUCAACUUGGCCUUUUGCCACUAAGCCAUAUCUAUGGGCUGGUAGUAGUUGCACAUGCGGGGACGUAUCGAGGAGAUGCCGUAAUCAUUUUACCGAGGUUUGAGCUAAAGACCCUUCUGGAAACUAUCCAGAGAUACAAGAUCAAUUUUCUGCAUAUUGUCCCUCCUAUCGUCAUUCAAAUGUUGCGGAAUACGGAGUUGUGUGCUAAAUACGACUUAUCUAGCAUCCGAAUGGUGUACACAGGGGCCGCACCGCUUGGUGCCGAAACACACGAGGAUAUGGAGAAGGCCUUCCCAUUUCUAGGUGUCGGUCAGGGCUACGGUAUGACGGAAACAAGUACAGUUGUGACCAGCACGGGUGAGAACGACGUGAUGAUUGGAACAUCGGGAUCUCUAGCACCCGCUACCCGGGCCAAGUUAAUAGGCGAAGAUGGCAAGGAGAUCAUGGAGUAUGAAAAACGUGGCGAACUUUGGGUUCAGUCGCCCUCGGUCACACUGGGUUAUUUGAACAACGAAAAGGCAACAUCGGAGGCUUACGUGUGGGACGAUGACGGCCGCUGGAUACGGACAGGAGAUGUGGCUGUUGUUCAGAAGUCACCAGCUGGGCAUGAGCAUAUUUCUGUUGUAGAUCGGUUGAAGGAGUUGAUCAAAGUCAAGGGCCAUCAAGUUGCGCCAGCAGAGCUAGAAGCUCAUCUCCUCAGUCAUCCCGACGUUAAUGAUUGCACAGUUAUCCCAAUACCGGACGAAGCAUCUGGGGAGGUACCGAAGGCUUUUGUCGUGAAAUCCGCCUCGGCAGCAUCGAGGCCGGAUGAAGAAGUUGCCCGGGACAUCAGCAAGUGGGUUGAGGAACACAAGGCUAGGUAUAAGUGGUUGAAGGGCGGAGUUGAAUUCAUCGAUGCGAUACCCAAGAGCCCCAGCGGGAAGAUCUUGAGGAGACUCUUGAAAGAUCGGGAAAGAGAGAAGAGAAGAGCUAUGGGGGCAAAGCUGUGA